AAGGGACAGAAAAGAGAUAGAUUGAAGGAAAAAUAACUUCAAAGGCAGAACCAUGGAAGCCAAAGUAUGGAGCAAAGACAGCCUGGGCCAGGAGAGUGGAUUCACCCAUGUAUGUCGAAAGGUUCUUCAACUUAUGAAGUGUCAGCUACUGAGAUACAUUCCAUAGAGCAGUUCCUCUACCUCUAAACCUGGGUCACACAUUGCAGAUAGCCAUGUCACCUAGCACAGGUGGUCCAGCUUUGGUCACCAUUCAUAGAGCGAAUGUUUCCCAGAAAGCACCAGGAUUGAAGUGUGUAUGUCUUUUGUGUGACUCUUCAAAUUUUACCUGCCAAACAGAAGGAGCAUAUUGGGCUUCAGUCAUGACAACCAACAGAAAAGAACAGGUGAUCAAGUCCUGUGUCUCUCUCCCAGAUUUAAAUGCACAAGUCUUCCAUCAUAGUUCCAACAACAUUACCAAAACUGAACACUGCUUCACAGACUUUUGCAACAACACAGCACUCUACCUUCGGACAGCAUCACCAAAUGCCCCAAAAUGAGGAUCCAUGGAAAUGACUGUUGUUAUUACUGUGCCAGUUUGCCUCUUGUCCUUAGCUGCAGUGCUGGCCAUAUGGGCAUGCCAAGGCCCGUAUUGCACACACAGAAAGAAAAAGGGACAGAAUGUGGAGGAACCACACUCUGAGUGCAAUCUGGUAAAGGCUAGAAAAACCCUUAAAGGUCUGAUUUACGAUGUGACUGCCUCUGGAUCUGGUUCUGAUAAUGGAACUUGGACUCAACUUUGGCUUAUAUCUGAAUAUCAUGAACUGGGCUCCUUACAUGACUAUCUGAACAGAAAUGUAGUGACAGUGGUUGGAAUGACCAAAAUGUCACUUUCAAUAGCUAGUGGUCUGGCUCACUUUCAAAUGGAGAUUGUCAGUACACAAGUUAAACCUGCUAUUGCUCAUCAAGAUAAAAAUUCAAAGAAUAUCUUAGUGAAAAAAUGUGCAACUUGUGCCAUAGAGACCUUGGGAAUGGGAAAAGGGAUGUUGCGUCGGCCCCUCUCCGUCCUCUCACCGGCAGGGGGAGCUCUGCCCAGCGCCGGCUGCGUGCUGCCCCGCCCCGCGCUCUGGGCGCUCUCUCCGCCCGCCCGCCCGGCGCCACGCCCGCCGGAGGCCGAGGGCCAGUCACCCGCUGGCCGGCGUCCCCUAGCCUCUGGCCGCCACGCCCCUGCCCCGCCGCGGGACCGGUAA